CCGAUCUCUUCAACUUCUUUGACAGCGAAUAACGCAUAUCCAGCCGCGUGCUCGAAAAGCACGUGCAACAGCACCUGAGAAGAGAAAAACACCAUAAAUCACCUAUUUUACAACAAAAAGGACAAAGUCUCAAAUGCUUAUAUCUCUGUUAAUAACCACUAAAACAAUCAAUAGUGUGAAUUAUCUGCUGGUGCUUUAGAUCAACAACGAGCGCGUGAACCGUGCCCACGUGGUGGCACAAUUAAGCUUUGAUAAAAGUUUACAUAUUUCAUAGAUUAUCGUUACAUAAGAAUCGCAGAUAACAACUGUCGUUAAUAAACUACUUGAGUUUAGAUUUUAUUGUUGUAGAGAUUCAGACUGAAGAGACGCAGAUUAGCAUGGGUUAGCAGACGCACCACGUGUUCUUCACAUGGAUCAAAUUCUUCACGAGUAUUACCUUUGAAAACGGAUAAACAUCGCACACCACUGCGGAGAUAAACAGACAAUCGGAUCCAAAAACACAAACACGAGCGUGGGGGAGUUUAUGGAAAUAUAUGUCAAGAAACACCUCAGUGUGAUCCAAGAGUUUCUAUAAAGCCUGACUGCUUCCAGACCACUGACAGAAAAACACACACAGACCUUGCUACGGCCACAACCUGCAUGCUGCAAGUUCAUGUCAACAAUGCGAGGAGCAGUGACAGUAUGUUUGGGGCUUGUGUGUAUUAUUGCCCUGCUGGCUGAACAAGCAGAGGGUCACAUCACAUUUUUCAGCCUCAAGGAGAUGAGAGAGCUCAGGGAGAAGGAAAGCAAAAAGGAUGCUGAUCUACGGGCAGAGAGCAGUUUGAUUGAUGAAGUAUCUCCAGAAGAUGCUGGAGGAGAGACAGUGGUAAGGAUUCAUGGUCAAAAUGUUGAAACUGGAUUGAAACUCAAUGCCCAAAAGAGCCAGAUUGGGUCUGCUUUCAGUAAGAUGCUGCAGAUCAUCUUAGAGGAAGCAAAGACCGAGAAAUAAUUAAGGCAUUUUAUCCACAUUGAACGACAAUUGCAGCCUGACGAUUUGCCACGAUUGCAAGCACAAAUGUUUUAAUUACUAAUGCAAAGACAAUCGCAAUAAAAUGAAAUUGCAUGCA